GGUACCCUCUUAUAUGAUAGCGCCGUCCAAGUUUACUAGGAAAUAAAUCAGGUUAGGUACCUCUUACCUUUAGGUAGGUUUAUCAGCAAACUACGGCUUCCCGAACAUCAACUGCUAUCCCGAGGUACUCCCGAAUAGGUAGGUAUAACAGGUACCUAGUCUUAUCUAAUACUUGCCCGGUCUACCAUUGCCCUCUUGCCACUGCAGACUCAUUUUCAAUUUAUACCAGGUAGGUACACAUUUUUGUUUGUUUGUUUGUAGAUAUAUGCUGUGUUAUAUUUGAUACAGCGGUGUAAUUGUUGAUUGAUAUUUUACCGAGCAACUAGCGUUACGUUUUGUCUUGUGAAGCCGGAAGAUUCCACCAAAUCGGAUAUUCACCAUGCCAAUCCGAGUUUCUCCUCUCGCCGAGGCAGAUAUCCCGGGUGCCGUAUCAGCCAUCCAACAAGCAUUUGCGGAUGAUCCAUACAACAACUGGAUCUUUGAUAAAUCUACGUUUAACCCUCGACGCAACGCAGCCUCUCUCAGCAUUCGAUGCCGAUGGGGUAUGCGUAACGGCAUCUUCCACGUCGCUAAGGAAGAAGGCAGCGACGAAGUACUUGGCGUCGCUUGCUGGUUAAGACCAGAAAGGGCGGGCCAACCGCAGAGCUGGUACGACUGGACCGAAAGCUGGCGGCUGUGGCUUAGCCAACUCGGGAUGAACCUCUACUACGGCCGAGGCGGUCUCAAUGUGAAGCGUUAUUACAUAUGGAAAGAAGCCCAGGCCGAGGUUCAAUCCGCCGUCUGGACAGACCCGCGAGGUUACUAUUUUCUCAACAUUAUGGUUGUGGUACCCAAAGCCCAAAAUAGAGGAAUAGGCCGGCUCAUGAUGGAAGCUGUCACCAAGCAAGCCGAUGCCGAGGGUAUGAAUUGCUACCUCGAGUCUAGCCGGGACGUUCCUAAUAUGCAAAUCUAUGGCCGCUUCGGGUUCAAGUUCGCGAAGGAGCUAGAGUGUGAUGACGAGGGCAUAGCCAUCAAGCUAUUUGCUAUGGUUAGGGAACCCAAUGCUGCACCGCAGAUGAAUUGACAGGUCCAUUUCGUGCCCUUGGAUCUGAGUACACCUCGACCUCAGCAGACGAGAAUCUCGAAUGGGUUUAGACUUGAGAAGUCCAUGCUGCUGAUAGCCACCUUAUGUAUGUUGUCCUAGGAUUAUAUUACUGGUGCCGAAGGCGACACCAGCUACAGCGAAGACCUGCCGAGGCGAGGCUGUCUCUUAGCCGGCUUUCCAGCGGAUUAUGGUGGAUGGUAUGCCGGAAUAGUGUAGAGUUUGACGGGAAAGGUUUCACUACGACAAGUCCGUUGCGUUAUUUAUUCAGCCACCGCGUGUCAAUAGGGGGCCUUUAUAGAAGCUAGGUGUAAGUGCCUUAGGUACCUAUGUUUUCGCUAGCUUCUCACACUUUAGAUGCAGGCAUUUAAACAUUGGACGAAUUGAUAUCUUAAAUGCCGAGCAACGUGGUAACUUCACAGCGUACUCUGGCUGUCCCUUCAUACGAAAUAUGUUAGUAGAUGGUGAGUCAACUGGGUCUUAUUGACUACGAUUACUAUUUCUUAUGAUGUAGGAAUUAUGAUACAUUAUAGUAUUCUAGGUUCUUAUAAGAUUCAUCAUCUAAUAUCCGUCUAGUAUUAAGUGAGGUCAAAUUCAUAGAAUAAUUAUCUAAUUGCUGCCAACAGUAAUGACGUCGCUAUCUAAGGA